AUGUCAUCAUUGAUCACCAAGUCAAAGACUGUGAAUGAUGCCAGAGCCAAUAUACCAGUUCCAAUCCAGAAUGUCCAGCCUCUCUUUUUCUUUGUUGACUUUGAUUCAUUAUUAUUGUUGUUGUUGUUUGUAUCAUUGGAUGUUGAUGUUGAAGUUGAUGUUGAGUAG